AUGGCCGACACCAUGGAUGUCGACCUGGACGAUGGCCCUCGAGGCGCGAAGCGAAAAGCCGACGAGCUCGAUGACAGCAAUGCCCCGCGGCGUAUUAGGGCUCUUGACCAGGAUGUCGUCAACAAGAUCGCCGCUGGGGAGAUUAUCGUCGCUCCCGUCCACGCCUUGAAGGAGCUCAUAGAGAACGCUGUCGACGCAGGCUCUACUGCCCUCGAAGUGCUCGUGAAAGACGGGGGGCUCAAGCUGCUCCAAAUCACCGACAACGGCUGCGGCAUAGAUAAACAAGACUUGCCCAUCCUGUGCGAGCGCUUCACCACUUCCAAACUGCAGACCUUUGAGGACCUGCAGUCGAUUGCCACUUACGGCUUCCGCGGCGAGGCCCUGGCCAGCAUCAGCCACAUAGCACACCUCGCCGUAACCACAAAGACACAAGAGUCUAACUGCGCCUGGCGUGCAUACUAUGGCAGCGGCAAGCUCGUCCCGGCCAAGCCAGGCCAGUCGCCUGACCCCAAGCCAGUGGCCGGCCGCCAGGGUACCCAGAUCACCGUCGAGGACCUGUUUUACAACAUCCCUACCCGCCGCCGUGCCUUCCGCUCGGCCGCGGACGAGUACAACAAGAUCAUCGACAUGGUUGGCCGAUACGCCGUCCACUGUUCUCACGUGGCCUUUUCCUGCAAGAAGCACGGCGAGUCGUCGACCAGCAUCGCCAUCCCGGCCAACGCUUCCAGCGUUGACAGGAUAAGGCAGAUACAUGGCGGCAGUGUUGCCAACGAGCUCAUCGAAUUCUCCACGUCUGAUGAUCGAUGGGCCUUCAAGGCUACCGGACUGGCUACUAACGCCAACUACAGCAUCAAGAAGACGACCCUGCUGUUGUUUAUAAACCACCGCUGCGUAGAAUCCUCAAACAUCCGGAAGGCCAUCGAGCAGACGUACGCCGCCUUCCUCCCAAAGAGUGGGCACCCUUUUGUGUACCUAAGCCUCGAGAUCGACCCCCAGAGGGUCGACGUCAACGUGCACCCCACAAAGCGCGAGGUCAACUUCUUGAACGAGGACGAAAUUAUCCAGGCCAUCUGCGAGCAUUUACGCUCAAAACUGGCCGCCGUAGACACGAGCCGCACUUUUCUAACCCAAACCCUGCUUCUCGGAGGCUCCUGGUCGUCUCCAGCCGCAAAACAGGCAACGGCAGCCACCCCCUCCAAGACAGGGGGCAGCGAUAGUCGCAGGACGCCGAGCCGGCCGUAUGAAAACAACCUCGUGCGGACCGAUACCAACUUGCGCAAGAUCACAAUCGAGUAUGAGACGGUGGAUCGCGAGGCUACUCCCUGUCGUCUAAUCAGCGUGUAUGAGCUGCGUGCUGCUGUGCGUGACGAUAUGCACCACGAACUCACUGAGGUGUUUGCUAGCCACACGUUUGUUGGCGUCGUGGAUGAGCGACGCCGUCUUGCUGCCAUGCAGGGGGGCGUGAAGCUGUUCCUGGUUGACUACGGCCGCGUCUGCUUCGAAUACUUUUAUCAAGUUGGACUGACCGACUUUGCCAACUUUGGCAUUAUUCGCUUCAACCCCCCAUUAGACAUCCGGGAGCUGCUGAACAUGGCGGCCGAGCACGAGAAGAAAAGCGGAUCCUCCUUGUCCGGCACGGAAGGCGAGGAUGACUUCGAUGCUACCGAGGUGGCGCGGCUUGUCGCAGAGCAGCUAGUUGAGCGGCGGGAGAUGCUUCUCGAGUACUUCUCGCUCGAGAUAUCACCAACCGGCGAGUUGCUAAGCAUCCCCCUCCUAGUCAAGGGAUACACGCCCGCCAUCGUCAAGCUGCCGCGGUUUCUCUUGCGGCUCGGGCCGCACGUGAAGUGGUCGGACGAGAAGGCCUGUUUCGAGACCUUCCUUAAGGAACUAGCCUCAUUUUACGUCCCGGAGCAGUUGCCCGUGAUGCCGGGACUAGAAGAGAGCAGUGGUAGCGGCACUGUCGGUGGUGAGAAGGACGAAGCCGGGCUUGAUGCUGAAAUUAUUGCCCGCCGCACCCAUGUCCGCUGGGCACUGGAGCAUGUCCUCUUUCCAGCCUUCAAAUCGAGCCUGGUUGCAACCAAAUCGCUGAUGGAGGGGGGUGUCGUCGAAGUGGCAAAUCUCAAAGGCCUUUACCGCGUCUUUGAGCGGUGCUAG